UUUGCUCACCUCUAGCCAGCAUUUUGCCGAGUAAUUUUGCAUUUAAAAAAUUUUAAAGCUUGAAAAAACCCUGGUGAGCUGUCAGCGGCAAAAAAUCCUCUUUUCAUCUCUACAAACGGCCAACGGUUGAGCCUUUCCAUGGAGGAGCUGCGCAAGAACUUGUCAAAAAUAAAUGUCCCUUGCGGCAAUGCGGUUAUCUACAAAGACGAAUGUGUUUAUUCGUAUGAUAAUGCAGAGACGCCGACUGGACUUUAUGUGAGUCUAACCAGCUUCCUAGGCUUUGGGGAGGCAUAUGUGCGGGAGUAUGCCCGAAAGUCGGGAAACAAUGUGUUCUUGCACAUCAAACGUGAGAAGACUAUUAAGGAGGGGGAGAGCGACGCCGAGAAAGAGGAGGCCGGCAAAGAGGCCGAACCGGAGCGGAAAAUAACACGCCUCGCCAUUGGCGUUGAAGGCGGCUACAAUGAGACUGAUAUGGCUAAGAAGUACGAGAUUAAGGACACGUAUAGCAUUGUUGUAGCGCCGGCUAUCGAUAAAAAGAUCCCCUUUCCGGAUCAAGACUUACCCAUGCGCGUCACACAAUCCGUAGAGGCCAUACUUGCAGCUGAUUCCGCCAUUGCUAAGUUGGAGAAGGCCACGUUGACGGGCACAUGGGAUGGCGAGGUACGCCAGACAUCCAAAUAUGCAGAAAAUCUGCAGCAGUUGGGCAAUGGCAAGAAGAUACCGCCGUCCGGUUGGAAAUGCGAAAAAUGUGAUCUGACCAACAACUUGUGGCUCAACCUAACCGAUGGCUCCAUAUUGUGCGGCCGUAAGUUCUUUGACGGAAGCGGUGGCAACGACCACGCCAUCGAACACUACAGGGAGACGAAUUAUCCUUUGGCCGUUAAGCUGGGCACCAUCACUGCCGAGGGAAAGUCAGACGUGUUCUCAUAUCCCGAGGAUGAUAUGGUCCUCGAUCCCUAUCUUGAGAAGCAUUUAGCCCACUUCGGUAUAAACAUGGCGGCCAUGAAGAAAAGUGAGAAGUCAAUGGUAGAACUCGAGUUGGAGAUCAACCAGCGGAUCGGCGAAUGGUCGGUACUGACUGAGAGCGAUAGCGAAUUGCAGCCGCUGGCUGGACCCGGCUACACAGGAAUGCGCAAUCUGGGCAACUCAUGCUACAUUAACAGCGUGAUGCAAGUGUUGUUCGUAAUACCCGAUUUUCAGAAGCGCUUCGUUGGAAACGGGGCUGAGACUUACUUUAACGAAUUCCCAAACGAUCCAGCUAACGAUUUUAACAUUCAGAUGGCCAAGCUGGGCAAUGGCCUGCAAUCGGGAAAGUAUAGCAGCAUUGCGGAGAACACUCUGGACUCGGAGCUGACAGGCAUCUCGCCGGCCAUGUUCAAGAGCAUUGUGGGAAAGAAUCACCCGGAUUUCAGCACCAAACAGCAACAGGAUGCCAAUGACUUUUACUUGCAUCUGCUCAUGCUGCUCGAUCGCAACUCCCGCAAUCAAUUCAAUCCCGGAGAUGCUCUCAAAUUCCAGCUGGAGGAUCGUGUGGAGUGCAUGAGUAGCCGUAAGGUGAAGUACAAGACGCGGGAGGAGUCUAGCUUGCGGUUGACGAUACCGCUAGAGAAAGCCACCAAUUUAGACGAAGUAAAGGAAUAUCAGGAUCGCGUGCAGGCAGCGCAGUCCCGUGGCCAGCGACCCGUCGAUCGAGACAUUGUACGUCAUAAAGUCCCGCUGCAGGCCUGUUUGGAGCGCUUUUUCGGCAACGAACUGAUCGAGCAGUUCUACUCGACUGCCAUUAAUGGCAAAACCAAUGCUAAGAAGUCUACGCGACUUGCCACCAUGCCCGAUUUUCUAAUGAUUCAUUUGGCCAAAUUUACGCUCGGCGAUGAUUGGGUGCCUAAAAAACUGGACGUGUCGGUGGACAUGCCUGAUGAGCUGGAUCUCUGCACUUGGCGCUCAACGGGCGGCCUGCAGCCAGGUGAGGAGCCCUUGCCGGAGCCACCGGCGGAACAACCAAAGUUUGAUUUCGACGAGAACGUCUUGUCUGAGCUCCUUAAUAUGGGGUACCCACAGGAGGCCUGUAAGCGCGCGUGUUUCCAUACUAGAAACAUUGGCCUGGAAGCCGCCUCCAACUGGCUAAUGGAGCACAUUGCCGAUCCAGACAUAUCCGAUCCAUUUGUUGUGCCCAACAAUCAAUCGAUCGGUGACGGCGCCGCCGACUGUUUCGUUGCAAAUCCAGAGAGUCUCGCCAUGCUCAUGAGCAUGGGCUUCGACGAGCUGCAGGCUGUAACAGCUCUGAAGGCCACCGAUGGCAAUGUGGAGCGCGCCACCGACUGGAUUUUUUCACACGCCGACAGCAUUGUAGAGACCGCCCCAACCGUUGCUGACACGACUGCCUCGUCCGAGCCGGCCACGACCAAUUAUCGCGAUGGCAUUGGCAGAUACAAGCUGGUGGCUUUCAUCUCGCACAUGGGAACCUCAGCUCAAGUCGGCCAUUAUGUCUGCCACAUCCGGAAGAAGGGUGAAUGGGUCAUCUUUAAUGACAGCAAGGUGGCCAAGUCGCAGAAUCCGCCCAAAGAUCUGGGCUAUCUGUAUCUGUACAUGCGCGAUGAGUAGACUCUCGCGUUUGUAUCUCCUUUUUCUAGUUAGCAUCUUAAUUCUUGUCUAAAAGCAAAUCAUUUAAUACACGAAACCAUAAUGGAAUAACAAAGUCUA